GCGCACUGGGAGUGCGGGAAGGCGCGCGUCCGCCCAGCUUCCCAGGAAAUUCGCGGGAGCAGCAGAGCUUCUUCCCGCGCACGCGCAGCCGGGCGUCGGGAGCGCGCGGCGGCGGGAGCGGGAGGGAAGCUGCUGAGGUAAAGUUAGGGGGAGAGAGAGAGAGAGAGAGAGACUCCGUCAGCGAAGCGAGAGCCGGGGAGGCUCAGCGGCCGCCAUUACUGAGCCGAGAGCGCCAGGGAGGUGGGACGGGGCCGCGGCGGCUGAGGGCCGGCGAGUCCAGGAAGCCCGGCGGGGAGGAGAAGCCGCUGGCGAGGAGAGCGCGUCCCGGGAAUGCUGCUACCCCCGCCGCCGCGGAGGAGCCGGAUCCCGACCGCGCGAGAUCCCUCAAGGAAGGACUAAUUGAAGGAGAUAGUUUAAAUGUGUGACAUCGCUGCAGGGAAAUCUCUGGAAGUUAACCAUCUUCUUGCUUGGUACCUUGCUUCUAUCAGGGACGAUGAUUCACCUAAUCCUGAAUAUAUAAGCUCUCAUGGUGAUGGGGGAAACAAGGAAAACUGAAAUUAAUCCUGGAGACGAGGAUAUACAGUUUUAAUUUGAAGAGUUUUUUUCAGAAUGAAAACCACAUUCAGUUAUCUUGAUGAGUGCAGAAGGACGAGAAGAAAGUUAUGAUGGCUAAAAACAAAGAGCCUCGUCCCCCAUCCUAUGCUAUUAGUGUGGUUGGACUAUCUGGAACUGAAAAAGACAAAGGUAAUUGUGGAGUUGGAAAGUCAUGUUUGUGCAAUAGGUUUGUGCGUUCGAAAGCAGAUGAAUAUUAUCCUGAGCAUACCUCUGUGCUUAGCACAAUUGACUUUGGAGGACGAGUUGUUAAUAAUGAUCACUUUUUGUUCUGGGGUGACGUAACACAAAGCGGUGAGGAUGGAACAGAAUGCAAAGUUCAUGUAAUUGAACAGACUGAGUUCAUUGAUGAUCAGACUUUCUUGCCUCAUCGGAGUACGAAUUUACAACCAUAUAUAAAACGGGCAGCUGCCUCCAAAUUGCAGUCAGCAGAAAAAUUAAUGUACAUUUGCACAGAUCAGCUAGGCUUGGAGCAAGACUUUGAGCAAAAACAAAUGCCUGAAGGGAAACUGAACAUAGAUGGCUUUUUAUUAUGCAUUGAUGUUAGCCAAGGAUGCAAUAGGAAAUUCGAUGAUCAACUUAAAUUUGUGAAUAAUCUCUAUAUCCAGCUCUCAAAAUCUAAAAAACCUAUAAUAAUAGCAGCAACUAAAUGUGAUGAAUGUGUGGAUCAUUAUCUAAGAGAGGUUCAGGCGUUUGCUUCAAAUAAAAAGAACCUUGUGGUAGUGGAAACAUCAGCAAGAUUCAAUAUCAAUGUUGAGACAUGUUUUACUGCACUGGUACAAAUGAUGGAUAAAACUCGUGGCAAACCUAAAAUAAUUCCGUAUCUGGAUGCCUAUAAGACACAGAGACAACUUGUUGUUACUGCAACAGAUAAAUUUGAAAAACUUGUGCAAACUGUGAGAGACUAUCAUGCAACUUGGAAAACUGUUAGUAAUAAACUGAAAAAUCAUCCUGAUUACGAGGAGUACAUACAUUUGGAAGGAACAAAAAAGGCCAAAAAUACAUUUUCAAAACACAUAGAGCAGCUUAAACAGGAACAUAUAAGAAAAAGAAGAGAAGAAUAUAUUAAUACACUGCCAAGAGCUUUUAACACAUUGCUGUCAAACCUUGAUGAGAUUGAACACCUGAACUGGUCAGAAGCCUUGAAGAUAAUGGAGAAAAGGCCAGACUUCCAACUUUGUUUUAUUGUAUUAGAAAAAACACCCUGGGAUGAAACCGACCAUAUAGACAAAGUGAAUGAUAGGAGGAUUCCAUUUGACCUUCUCAGUACAUUAGAAGCUGAAAAAGUCUAUCAAAACCAUGUACAGCAUCUUAUAUCUGAGAAGAGGAGGGUUGAAAUGAAGGAGAAGUUCAAAAAAACUCUUGAGAAAAUACAGUUCAUUUCACCUGGGCAGCCAUGGGAAGAAGUUAUGUGCUUUGUUAUGGAGGAUGAAGCAUUCAAAUAUAUCACUGAUGCAGACAGUAAAGAAGUAUAUAGCAGGCAUCAGAGGGAAAUAGUUGAAAAAGCCAAAGAGGAGUUUCAGGAAAUGCUUUUUGAACAUUCAGAACUGUUCUAUGACCUAGAUCUUAAUGCAACACCCAGUUCAGAUAAAAUGAGUGAAAUUCAUGCAGUUCUGAGUGAAGAGCCGAGAUACAAAGCUUUACAGAAACUUGCACCUGAUAGAGAAUCCCUUCUUCUUAAACACAUAGGAUUUGUUUAUCAUCCCACAAAAGAAACUUGUCUCAGUGGCCAAAAUUGCAUGGACAUUAAAGUAGAGCAGUUACUUGCCAAUAGUCUUUUGCAGCUUGACCAUGGUCGCUUAAAUUUGUACCAUGAUAGAGCCAAUAUUGAUAAAGUUAAUCUUUUCAUUUUGGGUAAAGAUGGUCUUGCGCAGGAGUUGGCAAAUGAGAUUCGGACACAAUCCACUGAUGAUGAAUAUGCCUUAGAUGGAAAAAUAUAUGAACUAGAUCUUAGGCCAGUUGAUGCAAAGUCACCUUACCUUUUAAGUCAGUUAUGGACCUCUGCCUUUAAACCGCAUGGAUUUUUCUGUGUGUUUAACUCUAUUGAAUCCCUCAAUUUUAUUGGAGAAUGCAUUGGAAAAAUAAGGGCUGAAGCAUCUCAGAUAAGGAGAGACAAGUAUAUGGCUAGUCUUCCAUUUACGUUAAUAUUGGCUAAUCAGAGAGACAGCAUUAGCAAAAACCUACCUAUUCUGAGACACCAAGGUCAGCAAUUAGCCAAUAAGUUGCAGUGUCCUUUUGUAGAUGUGCCUGCUGGUACAUAUCCACGUAAAUUUAAUGAGGCUCAAAUAAAGCAAGCUCUAAGGGGAGUGCUGGAAGCAGUUAAACACAAUUUGGAUGUUGUAAGCCCAGUUCCCACCAUUAAAGAUCUGUCAGAAGCUGACUUGAGAAUUGUGAUGUGUGCCAUGUGUGGAGAUCCAUUUAGUGUGGAUCUUAUUCUUUCACCCUUCCUUGACUCUCACUCGUGUAGUGCUGCUCAGGCUGGCCAGAAUAACUCUUUAAUGCUUGAUAAAAUUAUAGGUGAAAAAAGGAGGCGGAUACAGAUAACCAUAUUAUCAUACCAUUCUUCAAUUGGUGUAAGGAAAGAUGAACUAGUUCAUGGGUAUAUACUAGUUUAUUCUGCUAAAAGGAAGGCAUCUAUGGGAAUGCUUCGGGCAUUUCUUUCAGAAGUACAGGACACUAUUCCUGUCCAGUUGGUAGCUGUAACUGAUAGCCAGGCAGAUUUUUUUGAGAAUGAAGCUAUCAAGGAAUUAAUGACUGAAGGAGAACAUAUAGCAACAGAGAUUACUGCUAAAUUUACAGCUUUAUAUUCUUUAUCUCAGUAUCAUCGUCAGACUGAGGUUUUCACCUUGUUCUUCAGUGACGUAUUAGAGAAGAAAAACAUGAUUGAAAAUUCCUAUAUGUCUGAUAGCACCAGAGAAUCAACACAUACAAGUGAAGAUGUUUUCCUGCAGUCUCCCAGAGGAAAUUCUCUUGCGUAUAAUUACUACCCAGAUUCAGAAGAUGAUACGGAAGCACCACCCCCCUAUAGCCCAAUUGGAGAUGAUGUGCAGUUGCUCCCAACACCUAGCGAUCGUUCAAAAUAUCGAUUAGACUUGGAAGGAAAUGAGUAUCCUGUUCAUAGCACACCACUCAACUGUCAUGACCAUGAACGCAACCACAAAGUACCUCCUCCUAUAAAACCCAAGCCGCUUGUACCUAAGGCAAAUGUGAAAAAACUGGAUCCAAACCUUCUAAAAACGAUUGAGGCUGGCAUUGGUAAAAACCCAAGGAAACAAUCCUCUCGAGUGCCUUUGGCACCACCAGAAGAUUCAGACCAAUCCGAUAAUUAUGCAGAACCUAUUGACACUGUUUUUAAACACAGAGGUUUUACUGAUGAUAUCUAUGCAGUUCCAGAUGAUAGUCAGAAUCGUAUUAUUAAAAUUCGAAACUCAUUUGUUAUAAAUGCACAAGGAGAUGAAGAAAAUGGAUUUUCUGACAGAAUAUCAAAGAGUCAUGGGGAAAGAAGGCCAUCAAAAUACAAAUAUAAAUCCAAAACACUGUUUAGUAAAGCAAAAUCUUACUACAGGAGAACACAUUCAGACGCAAGUGAUGAUGAGGCUUUUACCACAUCUAAAACAAAAAGAAAAGGAAGACAUCGUGGAAGUGAAGAAGAUCCACUUCUGUCUCCAGUUGAAACCUGGAAAGGUGGAAUCGAUAACCCCGCUAUCACUUCAGAUCAAGAGUUAGAUGACAAAAAAAUGAAGAAGAAAACUCACAAAGUAAAAGAAGAUAAGAAGCAGAAAAAGAAAACUAAGGCAUUCAAUCCUCCAACCCGUAGAAACUGGGAAAGUAAUUACUUUGGGAUGCCCCUACAGGAUCUGGUUACACCUGAGAAGCCUAUACCACUGUUUGUUGAAAAAUGUGUGGAAUUUAUUGAAGAUACAGGACUAUGCACUGAAGGCCUUUACCGUGUUAGUGGGAAUAAAACUGAUCAAGACAACAUUCAGAAACAGUUUGAUCAAGAUCAUAAUAUCAACCUAGAAUCUAUGGAAGUGACAGUAAAUGCUGUGGCAGGGGCUCUUAAAGCUUUCUUUGCAGAUCUGCCAGAUCCUUUAAUACCUUAUUCUCUACAUCCAGAGUUGGUAGAAGCAUCAAAGAUCUUGGAUAAGACAGAACGACUGCAUGAGCUAAAAGAAAUUGUGAAGAAAUUCCAUCCUGUGAACUACGAUGUCUUCAAAUUUGUAAUAACUCAUCUAAACAGGGUUAGCCAGCAAAAUAGAACCAAUCUUAUGACUGCUGAUAAUUUAUCAAUUUGUUUCUGGCCAACUCUGAUGAGACCUGAUUUUGAAAACCGAGAGUUCCUGUCUACCACCAAGAUUCACCAGUCGGUUAUAGAGACCUUCAUUCAACAGUGCCAGUUUUUCUUUUACAAUGGAGAGAUAGUAGAAACCUUCAACCCUGUGGCAUGUCAGCCACCACCAUCCAACACAGUGCAGAUGGUGGAACCCAUGGUACCACUUCAGUUACCACCACCAUUGCAACCUCAGCUGAUACAACCACAAUUACAAGCAGAUCCUCUUGGUAUUAUAUAAAUAGAAGAAGACACAGGCAGCCUGGCAUUGGACAGAAAAUAAAGCUAGACAUGCAUGUUUCAGGAUUCAGUAAUGUACUUCAUAUUUAUGAAAAAUAAUUCACAUCCAAACUGAUGGGACAUUUUUGUUAUAACCCAUACUGUAUUUCCUCAUUCAUACACACUGCAGAUCAAAACCAUGGGAUAAGCAUGACUGGAGAGAUUUAAUUUUUAAAAACAAAAAUAGCUAUAAAGUACAAAGCUGCUGCUGCAUGAAACCUUAUUGCAAUCACUAUAUCAUUCCUGUGGCAGUUUGUCACAAUAUAUUGUGAAUAAAAUUUUUCUAUAGAAAUUUAAUGAUUUAAAAUAUCACAUUUUUGAGACAUUCAGUGCUUACAGCCUGCUUUAUGGCUGUUUUUGUUAUUUAAUGUGCUAUUUUUGUCAGCGUUAUUCACAUUCAAGCAUUCUGUGUAGACAACUGAGGCCCAGCUGUAGUUUAUUUCGUAACCUCCUGGCUACUUAUGCUAUAGUAUGCUUGGGAUGGUUUUUGAAAAAAUGCAAAAUGCACUGUUGAAAAUAUUACAAUCCUGCACCUUCCAUCUUUACUUCUAAGUAAACCUGUGGGACAGUUUGUUGAGGGGUGGGUAAACUUGCUUAUUAUUUCUUACAGCACAAUGCCAAGGACAUGCUUGUUGUAAAAGUGAAUUUCAAAUAUUGUGCAAAAAUUUUGAUGUCUCCUAGUUAUUUCCUUAUGUUCCAUUACUGAAUUAAACAUUUUGUAAUACUGUUAAUUCUGUAAACAGCUGCAUGUUUAAAAGAUCAUUGAUGGUCUUGUAAACUUAAUCUAAUAUAUUUUAGAUAUUUUAAUUUUUCCCACUUGGGAACACAUCUAGUGUGUAGAAAAUAGUUCAUGACAUUUUCAUAUAAGGUUAUUAACUUUUCAUACAUAAACAUGAAAUUUGUUGUAGUAAAAUUCUGUAAACCAAACAAUGUUUUAAUCUAGGACUUCAAUUUAAUCUGUUCUUUAAAUCUAUUUUUGUGUGGCCCUUGAAAGAUAUACAAAAAUGCAUUGCUAAUAUAUAGCAAUAAAUACUUUGGGUACUGACAAUUAACCUCUUUGGAGUGUAUAUAUAAAAUCACAAAUUUGUAUUCAUAUUUUUUCUGUGGUAUGUUGUACUAAAAAUUCAAAAUUACUGACAUUUUGCACCAUUUUUAAUUAUAACUUUUUUUCUUUCAUGUUGGUACCAAUUUUGCUUUAAAAGAGUGCUGCUUUUUUUAAUUUUUAUUUUUUUUAAACAUUUAAUUGGUGGUAACCAUUUUAGAAGACUACACAUUGUAGCAGAAUUGAGAGGAGGCCAUAAGUAAAAAAUAUUUGUGAGACUUUUAGCAGUUUUUUUCUUUCAUGCUCAAAUUAUAGCUUUUUUGGGGGGGGGGCCUGGAAAGGGGAAAAAAAUAAAUUUGGUUCACUCAGCUGCUAGGAUAUGUUAUGUGUAGUUUAAAAAAGCUUUAUGGUGGUCACCGUUGUAAUCUUCAUUCAUAAUGAGAUUUUGCAAUCGUCUUCUAUGUAUUAUAGUAAAUAGAUGAUUUUGAGAAUUAAGGCUCUUAAGAGUUUUUGAUUUACUCCAUUUUCCUAAAAUAAAAAUUGCCUUUCCCAAUUAUGUCCUAGGUAUUGUACUUCUAAUUAUGACUUGGAUUAUCAUUCUAGAUUAAGAUGAUUGCAUAAACAAGGCUGCUGUUGAAGUACAUACAUAUGAUAAAUUAUCUGGAUAUUUGUGUUAUAUUCUUGCAAGUAAUUAUCUUUUCUAAGAAAACAAGAACAAAAAGCCCUAUUCCUGUUGCAAAGCACACAGGAAUUGAUAAAGUACAAAAAUAAAGUCUGUCCUGUAAAUUGU